CUCGCUUUUAUCAAUACAAAACAACCACAUGAACACAGCGGUUUACCGGACUUGGAAUUUAUGUUUACUGGUAUUCAACCAAUAAAUAUUUUAAUGAGGGAUUUUAAAGAUUCUCCAUCCCUAUUGAUCAAAUAUGGCGAUCGCCAUGGCUGGUCAGCUGUACCAAUAUUGUUGAAACCAAAAAGUCGUGGUAGAAUAAAGUUAUUAGCUAAUGACGUCAAUGUUAAACCAGCUAUCAUACCAAAUUAUUUCGACGAUCCAGACGAUGUCAGGACGAUGAUCGCCGGUAUUAGAACUGCAUUAAGAAUUGGUCUAACAAAGACGAUGCAAGCGUUCAAUUCUCAAUUGUUAAACAUUACUUAUAUGGAAUGCGACUAUGAGUAUAAUUCGGAUGCUUAUUGGGAAUGCAUGAUAAGAAUACGCUCUUCCACAACCUUUCACGCUUCUGGCACCUGUAAAAUGGGACCUCGUGGUGACCCAACUGCUGUCGUUGAUCCCAAAUUAAAG